AGUUGUAGUCGGCCAUCCGUGAAAAGGAGGCAUCGCAAAAAUUUUUGGGAGUCUGUAAUAUAGGUAAGCAACGGAAAAAAAUGCAAAUAUCUUAACGCUAAUACGAAGUCAUGAGCGAAAACGAAGCACGUGUUCGUUUCUACUCUGUUUUGCGGGUCUAAUAUGCUAAAUAGGGCCUUCAUCACGAAGACAACAUCGGGCGAGCUCGGAUUUCGUAAUCGGAAAUCUACCCGAGAUGACCUCCUUCUGACGGAUGUCGGAGUACGCUUUCCCUACCCACCCUACCAUCCUCAAUAUAUAUAGACAACAACUAUGGCGGACGGGGAAGAGUUAAGGAAUUCACAAGGAUGUUGCAAUUGUGAGUGGAUAGUGAUCACGGUGGAAGGAUGGGUGAAACUCAUCGAGACGGUAGCGACUUUCUUAGCGGCUGUUCUCACGCGUAGCUUUGCGUACUAUAGCGCCAAGAUGGAAUACAAAUAUCAAGUCGGCGUAGCCACGUGCGCGUGCAUCUUGGUGUUCCUGCACAUCAUUAUCAGAAGCUUACGAUGCUUCGAGAAGGUGCUACCACUGCUUGGAAUGAUCGGAUGUUUUCUUCUCUCGGUAACCUUAUUCGUUGGCUCUGGAAUUGUGUACCAUGAUGGCAACAUAUAUAAGGGAGGGGAUGUAAUGAUUGCAUCAGGCAUUUGUGGCUUCAUAGCUGCUAGUUUGUUCUUCUGUGAGGCGAUUUAUUAUCUCUUUGCCCUCGUUUGUCGCCGAUCACCUCCACGCCACGAUGAUGGGGUGACUCUAACUACAGAAAAACAUGGUCCGGCAGAAGAUCCUGCAAGUGCAGUGGUUUAGCGAGAACUGAGAUAAACAGAAAGAACUUGAUGCAUACAGAAAGAUGUUUAAGCUUCGAAUUAGAAAAGAAGGUGAUUACUACGAGAUAUUAUCUCAUAGUAGAAUGUUGUCUAUUAUUUUGAUUUACCUAUUUGAGAAACAAAAAAAGUAUUUAGGACGUCUGAAACAGAGAAAUUUAUCGUAGGUUUGAUAAAAUCAAGCUUCCCUCGCUGUCAUUCAACCAAAGUUUACGUUAGGUCGCCUGACACUCGCCAAGUAUUUCCGGCGAGUUACAUGCGUUCUUAUGUUGUUGUUCUAUUUCUGUUUGAGAUUAAAUUAUUAAAAUAAAGCAGUUAACA